AUGUCUCGUCCUCAAACUUCCGUUUUACUAUUAUGGAACAAUUCGUUCGAAGUUAUCUUUUUUCCUUCUAUUCUUCGCAUUUCCAAUAUUCCCAGGGAUGGUCCCCUUACUACUGCCCUUGGAGACUCUUCUUUGUCCAGCCCGCCGGGGACAGCUUUAUUUUCAGUAGCUGUUUGGGUUGAGACGCUUGUAUAG